GGAUAAAACCCGCGUCAAAAAUCUUGACUACUCUGAAGUGGAUCGUUGUCUGUUGGAAUCUCUCUAUCGCCAAUGGCGAAUUCAUCAGUUGGGUCGACAUUGAAGGCCUACAUAAUCCCUCUGGUUCUUUUUGCUGUUUCUAUGGUCUUUCAGCUAUUCGUCACUCCCCGUUUGUUUCCUACUUCCCAUUAUGACGUAUUGGGAGUUAAGAGUGACAGCUCCAUUGAAGAAGUUAAAGAGGCCUACAAGAAGCUCUCCAUUAACUGGAAUACAGGCAGUGAAGUUAUUCCUGUAGCUGAACUCUUGAAGAUCCAGUAUGCUUUUGAACUGCUUUCAAAUCCAUUGUGGAAGAGGGACUAUGACAACUUUGGUAUUGAUGAACAUAGUCAUGUUGUUGGAAAGCUCAAGGAGAUAUAUACUGGGGCAGACCUAUCCAAACUAGAACUUCCACUUGUUGAAGCGACUUCAUUUGGUCCAGACAAUACGUUUAAUGUUAUUACAUCUGAGAACUUCAUGUCCAAGUUUGAGGAUACAAAGGCAUUGCUAAUUCAGGUCUUUUCAUUUGGAAGCAGUCGUUGUGCAAACUUUGCCAAUAGCUGGAGAAGAAUUGCUGAUAUAUUGGAUGAAGUCGCAAAUGUUGGAAUGACUGAGCUUGGAGAGUUUCAGCUUGCCAAGGACCUUGCUAUGAGUUCAUUUAUAGGGAAAUAUACAUUUCCAGAUGGUGUGCCAGCAAUUGUUGCAUUUCCACCUGGAUGCCGAACUGUAAAUUGCCUUGCUAGGUAUGAAGGAGACCUUUCUGUAGAUACUGUCACUGAUUGGGUUGCAAGCACUAUUUUGGGUUUGCCUCGCAUCCUAUACUAUUCUAAAGAUACUCUGAUACAACGUUUUCUGGCUAAGGGUAGUCCUCAUAAGGUAAAAGUCAUUAUUUUCUCAAAUACUGGUGAACGUGCUACUCCUUUUAUGCGUCAAGCUGCUAGAGACUAUCACAAUUAUGCCUCUUUUGCUUUUGUGUUGUGGCAAGAAGAGCAAUUCUCCUUGUGGUUUAACAUGUUUGGGGUAGAAUCAGCACCUGCAAUUGUCUUUCUGAAAGAUCCGGGUCUCAAACCUAUUGUAUAUUACGGACCUGCCAACAAUUCAUGGUUUCAGACCAUCAUCGAAGCGAAUAAGCAUCAAGAGCUCCCUCAGCUACGGAGUUUGACAUCCAUGGAUUUGGGAUGUGAUGCCCAAGGAUAUUCCCGGGCUGGGCAUGAUAUUACAAUCUGGUAUUGUCUCAUUCUAGCAGGGAGACUUAGUCCAGAGCUCAACAACAUGCGUGCAACAUUACGCAGUUUGCAUGAGAUUUUGCUGAAAGAAGGCGAAGAAUCCAGUGAGGGAGAAAAAAAUCAGUUGCCUACAACAGCAGCUAUUGCAUUGAGGGAGAAACGAUUGACACUUACUUGGCUUGAUGGAGAAGCACAACAUCGAAGAUGUUUCUUCUAUCUUCAGACGGAGAAGAGUUACGAAACAUGUGGACGUAGGAUGGAUAUAGUUGACGAGCCGAGGAUAGUCAUUGCGCGUUUUGAAAGGAAUCUUACUGAAGAAAGUAUGGAUGUUGAGAAGAAAACGCCGAAAAACAUAUUGGAAGCACUUAGAGACGACGGUGAUGUGCAUCGUGCAUCACAACUUGUUGCAAUGUACAAUGGCUCAUACGAGAUUCCACAGAUCAUCAAAUGGGUGUCUGGAAUAAUUGAAGAUGGAGACUCAAAGAGUCUUCCUUUCUUUAGGGCUAGAACUCCAGAACUUGUUCCUGAGGAUUCUGAUCCCAUGUGGUCAAAUGGUGCAAAAAACGUUGUUUCUGCAAGCGCAGCAAUGAAAUGGAAGAUCAGAGUUAUCGUCAAAAGUUUUCUGGAAGAUCCAAGGAUUGGGCCUAUCUUGCUUUUGGUUGCAUUUUUGUCUUUUGGUAAGAUCUGGCUUAAGAGGAACCAACCAGCUCAUCAAAGUCCAUCAAAAGUUGAAACACAAAAGACCGCAAAGGAGGAAAGCAAAUCAAAUUCAAAUAGAAAAAGCGAAAAGAAAGACAAUAAAAGCCAGUUACGCAGAAGAAGAACCGAACCAAACCGAGAUAUUCCUCCUUCAAUCACCGACGAUGAACCAAAAGAUGCAGUGCAGUGGGAACUAACAGAUUCUGACUCCGAAUAGGGACAUACUGCAAAACCGCAAAAGGCAGAAGAAUGCCUAUUCUUAACACUUCAACUUAUUCCCUACUGAUUUCAAAGGCAUCAUGGAAUUUGCGAAACUUUGAACUGUUUCGACCCUUUUACAAGCCUUUUUUUGUUUCCUAAAUUAUUCUUGAGAGUUUUAUAAAGUUAUAUGAAUCUGAACUUGGAAGUUAGCAUUCAUAACUGGAGCCUGGAGGCACAAUGUUUAAGUAGUUAAAUCAAAGUCUUUUGAAAGUCA